GCACUGCUGCGCCUGCUGCCUGGCCGUCGUCGGUGGACAUUGUCGAGUCCGAGUCGCGCGUCCUGGUCUUCCUCGACUUGCCGGGCAUGUCGUCGUCAGCCUUCAAGGUCGAGUACGCCGCAAACUCGCCAGCGGGGCCUCCAGGCGGCACCCUCUCCGUCUCGGGUGUCCGCACUCGUCCUGCGCUACAGGGCAAGUUUCGCGUCAUCUCCUCCUCCCGCUUUGCCGGCCCAUUUGCCCAGCACAUCACCAUUCCGCUCCAGGUCGAGCCGGCCACUCUCAAGGCCUCCUACCGUGACGGCGUCCUCCUCAUCCGCAUCCGCAAGGCCGCUGCUGUUGCCGCUGCAAAGCCGGCCAUCAAGCUCAACUUUGGUGGCAAUGCUGGCCACUGA